AUGCCGUGGUGUCAUCCUUGCGACCGCUGGUUCGGCAGUGAUCGUAGCUACAAUCAACACGUUGAGAACAGCAAUGUUCAUCGUGAAGAUCAACACGAAUCCAGUGAUGAAGAGCCUGAAUUUGAAUGUCUUGGUUGCGACAAUUGGUAUUGGACCAACAUGGCUCGUGAAGAGCAUCACGUCCAUGAACAUGGCGAUCGUUAUUGCCAGCCAUGCAACCGCAUGUUUCGUAAUGAAAACAACUUGAUGCAGCACUUGCAUUCCAGAAUCCACCAAGGAGCGUCCAUGAAAUGCCCAUUCUGCCCCACCCAAUAUCCAACCGCCUCAGCACUCAUCAUCCACCUAGAAUCCGGUCGCUGUCCUUCUGGUUCGAAUCGUCAGAAAAUCAAUGCCGAGAUUCGACGUCUAGAUCGCGAUCACGUCAUCACUACCCGUCUAAUCGAGUAUCCUUCAUCCUCCUCCACCAACAUUGCUACCAGCCGCUCUUGGAACGGUUCUCAAUUUGAAUGUGCUUUAUGUUAUCGGGGAUUCAAUACUCUACAAGGAUUGAAUAGCCAUCUGAAAAGCCCCGUUCAUCAGCAGAAAAUGUAUAAAUGCCCAGGCGCAAGAUGCGGAAAGGAGUUUAUUGCGUUAAGUGGGUUGGUACAACAUGUCGAGAGUGAGAGUUGUGGUGUCAUGAGGUUUUCCAAGGUACAGAGUACGGCGAGGGGUGGAGUUGGUAGGAUGGUGGGAAAGAUGAUUGGAAAUUAA